AUGCGCCAAUCCCUUCUCUUUACGGCCUUGGCCCUCGCUGGCGUCGGUGCCUGCGAGGAUGUCCUUUACAGUUCCCGCAUGAUGAAGCGUGGAAUCGAUGCCGCGGGCAACUAUAAUAUGUGGGAGAAGAUUGGCGAGGUUCUCAACCUUCUCGAAUUCGACGCCAUGACCUUGGGCAACCACGAGUGGGAUGGCGGCGACGAGGAGCUUGGCAACUUUCUCCAGAAUCUCACCUUCCCCGUCAUCUCGGCCAACAUCGUCUCCUCGUAUGAGGGAUUGAACAAGACCAUCAAGCCCUACGUCAUCUUCGACAAGCAACAGAUUGCUGUAAUUGGCUGUACUACUCCAACCACCAAGACCAUUUCUUCCGUUGGCGAUGGUACCGAAUUCCUCGAUGUUGUUUCGACCGUGCAGCAGACCAUUGAUCAUAUCAAGGCCACGACCGACAUUAAGCGCAUCGUUGCCCUCACCCAUAUUGGCUACGAUGAGGACAAACGCCUCGCCGAAGAGACCACAGGUUUGAGUCUUAUCAUGGGCGGUCACAGCCACACACCCCUGGGUAACAUGAGCAAUGCCGAAGGCCCUUACCCCACCGUGAUCCAAAACAAGGCUGGUGAUGAAGUCUUCAUCGUCACCGCCUAUCGAUGGGGUGAGUAUGUUGGUUACAUUGACGUGACAUUUGAUGAUGAAGGUCGGGCUCUUGCCUACCACGGCGGGCCCAUCCACCUCGACAAUAGCACAGCUAUGGAUGAAGAGCUCCAGGCAAAGAUCAAGGAGUGGCGCGGUCCCUUUGAGGAAUUUGCCGCCGAGGUCGUCGGCGAGACUAAGGUUGAGCUUGAUCAGACUACUUGCCAGCAACAGGAAUGCACCCUUGGCGAUUUUAUGGCCGAUGCCAUGGUUCAGUAUCGCAUCAAGAACGCCGGGGAGGCGGAUAAGCCCGACUUUGCUCUGAUCAAUGCUGGAGGUAUCCGCGCCACUAUCGACGUUGGCGAGAUCACCCGCGGCGAGGUCUUGACCUCUUUCCCCUUUGGAAACUCGGUUGUUCAACUCACUUACAGCGGUGAGGAUGUCUGGAAGAUUCUUGAGGGUGCCGUUUCCAAGUGGAACCAGUUCAACGACAAGGCCAUCACCACCUGGUUCCAGGUCAGCCAGGACGUCAGGAUAGAGUAUAACCCGGACAACGCCAACGGGGCCAAGCUUGUCCGUGUCACUAUCGGAGGCGAGCCGCUUGACAAGUCCAAGAGCUACAAGAUUGUCACCCUCGACUUCCUUGCUGGUGGCGGCGACAACAUUUUCGAAAUUAACAAAAACUUUGCCACUCUCGAUACCCAAGACGAGUUGGACGGCCGCAUCUCCAUCGUCAACGGAACGGCCGAAGAGCCUGGAAACGGCGGUGGUGGCAACGAAGGUGGGAGCUGCAAAGCCAAGCGCCGCCGCGCGGUCAGGCUGACUGCCUAG